GUUCGGAAGUAGAACAGGCCAUGUGGUUGCUGAUUGGCUGUCACGGAGGAAGAGCCUGCUUCGGGGUGUACUGUGGGUAGGAAGGCGCCUUGCUCCGACGCCCCCGGGUACGCGAAGGAGAAGCGCGCGAGGGCAAGUAACGGGUUUAUGGCGGCCAUAGGAGUCCACUUGGGCAGCACGUGUGCGUGCGCUGCCGUUUAUAAGGAUGGUCGUGCAGAUGUUGUUGCCAAUGAUGCAGGUGACAGGGUCACUCCUGCUGUUGUUGCAUUUUCAGAAAAUGAAGAGGUUGUUGGUCUGGCAGCAAAACAAAACAGAGUGAGAAAUCUUUCAAAUACAGUAGUGAAAGUUAAGCAAAUUCUUGGGAGAAGCUCUGGUGACCCACAAGCUGAGAAGUAUAUUGCAGAAUGUAAAUGUUCAGUCAUUGAAAAGAAUGGGAAACUAAAUUAUGAAAUAGAUGGCAAACUUGUUUCCCCAGAAGAUGUUGCAAAACUGAUCUUCAGUAAAAUGAAAGAAACUGCUCAAUCUGCUUUGGGUUCAGAUGUCAAUGACACAGUUAUUACAGUACCUUUUGACUUUGGAGAGAAACAGAAGAAUGCCCUUGGAGAAGCUGCUGUAGCAGCUGGACUUAAUGUUCUUAGGUUAAUUCAUGAACCAUCUGCAGCUCUGCUGGCUUAUGGAAUUGGGCAAGAUUCACCAAGUGGGAAAAGCAAUGUGUUAGUGUACAAACUUGGAGGAACAUCUCUCUCUAUCACGGUUAUAGAAGUCAACAGUGGAUUGUAUCGUGUUCUUUCCACCAACACAGAUGAUAGCAUAGGUGGUAUCUAUUUCACAGAAGCUUUAGCACAACAUUUAGCAUCUGAAUUUCAGAGAUCUUAUAAAUAUAAUGUGAGGGAAAACUCCAGGGCCAUGAUGAAGCUAAUGAACAGUGCCGAAGUUGCAAAGCAUUCAUUGUCAACACUAGGAAGUGCAAACUGCUUUGUCGACUCUCUGUAUGAUGGUCUGGAUUUUGACUGUAACGUUUCUAGGGCCAGAUUUGAACUUAUUUGCUCUGCUCUUUUUAACAAAUGCAUAGAAGCUAUCAAAAAACUGUUGCAUCAGGUUGGACUUACAGCAGACGAAAUCAAUAAGGUAGUUCUCUGUGGUGGAUCUGCUCGUAUCCCAAAGCUGCAACAGUUGAUCAGAGAACUUUUCCCAAGUGUUGAAUUGCUGAACUCUAUUCCCCCAGAUGAAGUCAUUCCUAUUGGGGCUGCCAUAGAAGCUGGGAUCCUGCUAGGAAGAGAAAAUACCUUUUUAGAAGAUGGCAUGCUGUCUAUUGAAUGUUCUGCCAAAGAUAUCUUCGUCAAGGCUAUUGAUCAUUCAGGGGCUGAUAAAUUCAUGGUAGUGUUCCCAUCAGGAACUCCUUUGCCAGCUCGAAGACAGCAUACUCUACAAGCCCCAGGAAGCAACUCCUCUGUCUGUCUAGAAUUAUAUGAGUCUCUGGAAAAAAGCCCCAUAAAAGAGGACGACAGAUUUGCGAAGAUUGUCCUCCAGGAUUUAGAUGUAAAGGAAGGUGGCCUACAUGAUAUCCUAACUGUUCUCACAAUGAAAAGGGAUGGAUCAUUGCAUGUUACCUGCACAGAUCAAGAUACUGGAAAAUGUGAAGCCAUUACUGUAGAAGUGGCAUCAUAGUCUUAACUUGGAAGACUCUGCUUUUAUUAAUUGUUGCCUCAAACAAUGCUUUUUUUUUAAAAAAAGUUUUAAUUCAAAGAUGCCAUGUUUAUAAUACAAUAAAUAUCAAGAAGUCAAGAAAAUAUGGAUUCUACAUACACAUCUCUGGAAAAUGGGAAAGUCAGAUCAUUGCAUUCUUAAGGUGAAUCUGAUAACAAAGGUAUAUUCAGUAAUGAAUUGCAAAAUAUAUUUCAUAGGGGGAUUGGAGUUUUAUAUAUAACUUGCAGAUCAGGUUUGCCGCUAAAGUAAAUGAAGAGUUCCUGAAACAGAGCAUAUGCGUAAUGUGGAUGGGAAUCCUUAAGACAGGUUUUGUGUUACUGUCCAACUAGCUCUAAUUAUUUUUGAACAAUGUACAUUGGAGAGUAGAAUUUGAAUAUUAAUGUAAAUACGAAUAACUUACGGUUUUAUACUGAUCUAUUCCAGUAAUGGGAGCCUGCGGCCCUUUACGUGUUGGACUGCAACUCUCAUAAUACCUGACCUUUGAGCCAGGCUGGCUUAUGGAAGUUGGAGUCCAGUGUCUGGAGGGCCACAGGUUCCCCACCCCUGGUCUACUCCAUAAUAAUACUCAGUGUCUAUACCUUUUUAUAGGUAAUAAUCAAAUGACUGAGUGGAUUUACAUUAUAGAAAGGCGGUGGAGAUUUCUCACUGACAUCUAUGUGAAUAUGAAUGGUUUGUUUUGAAACCAGUUAUUUUUGGCUAUUGAAUUUCUGAAUACUUACAUUGGCGGAUAUGUAAGAAAGGAGGAAGACAACUUUAGCUGAAGAAACCAUCAUACUCAUUAAGUGGCCUCACUAUUACAGCAACCAUUGUUUGUCUGUUUUUAUUUUUUCCUGUUUUUAAGCAGUUUCUCUUUUCUCUCAUUUAGUCUAUGAUUUUUAUUUUCAAAAAUGGUAAGGUACACUGUACUUUAUUGAGCUACUUUGGGAAGAUUUGUCUACAGAGAACAUAAUAAAAAUGUAUAUAAGG